GGGGCGAGGAAAUACGAAAGCAAACACAAUUUUUCAGCAACGGUGGUCGCAUUCGUCUCCUGUUCCGCCGUAUCCGGACAAUCGGAAGGAACGCUAUGCCAAAGGCGCAGUCCUCAAAAGAUAAACGAAUUGGCUCUCUUCCAGUGGGAGCUAAUAUCGCCAUGCUUCUGUCUCUGAUUCCUGCAACCCCACCGCAAAAUCCGACGUUGAGUGUCGGUUCAAGCUAGUUCUCGACAAUAUUGUCCUGGUGAGUGUGGGCUGGCUGCUCAGCGGGACAAUGUUUUCUAAAUCUAGAUUUGCAAAAAAUUUCUUGGCAUUCUCGGAGCGGUUUGUAGUAGUAAUCCAGUCUGAGAGAUGGCUCAGGAUAGAAUGGAAAAUCCAUUUCAGGUCUUGAAACAGGAAAUUGAUGUACACAAAUCUUCAGACUUGCCAGAUGUACCAAAGCUUUCGUUUCUGAGACAGGGUUCGAAAUACAAUCCGCCCGUUGAUUUCGAUGAAAAUGUUAUGAGAAGGCGGGUGGCGAAGCUGAUCGUGUUUGGGUUCUAUGGGAAAUCGGUGAACUCACAUGCUCGCGAACUUAUCUCUCAUGGCGCAGGAGGAGUAAUUAUCUUCAGAAGAAAUGUCGAAGAUCCUUUCCAGGUCGCGGAGCUAUGUGCUGAGCUGAAACAAGAAGCUGGAGACCGUCAUUUGAUAACCAUGGUUGAUCAAGAAGGUGGCCGUGUUCAGAGAGUUGGACCACCCUUGACAUCUUUGCCAUCAGCGCGAAGGGUAGGUUUGACAGGGGAUUCCAAAGCAGCAGGUGCAAUUGGGAGUGUAGUCGGGAAAGAGCUCCGAGCACUUCACAUCGACAUGAAUCUUGCCCCAGUCUUAGAUGUUGAUAUAAAACCGUCGAAUCCGGUGCUCUUAGGUAGGUCAUUUGGGACCUCUCCCGAAUUGGUUGCCGAAUUUGGAUAUGAAUUCAUACGAGGUCAGCAACGAGAGGGGGUAGCGGCAUGUGCUAAGCACUAUCCAGGGAUGGGGAACAUCUCUAUCGAUAGUCAUCUAGAGCUCCCUUUAAUAUCAAGUGACCUCGAUCAUCUAACCAAGACAGACAUGCCUCCAUUUCAAAAAGCAGUAGAAGCUGAUACUGCAGCUGUCAUGGUGGGGCACGUGAUUGUUUCUUCUUUCACAGGUAGCGAAUCAGAUGAAUCCAGUUUCCUGCCAGCCAGCUUGAACACUCCAGUCAUACAAUUCCUUCGGAAUCAGUUUCUCUUCGAAGGUCUGAUCAUGACUGAUUGUCUGGAAAUGGGAGCUAUUGCAAAACAUUAUACAGUUGAAGAUGCCGCAGUACAAGCGCUGUUAGCUGGUGCAGAUAUGCUGCUCGUAUGCCACACUAGGGCUGUACAGUUACGAGUUAUAGACAGGCUCACGGAAGCGGUUAGGAAGGGCAUAUUGCCUUUAGACAGAAUUGAAGAAGCUGGACAGCGAGUGGAUGAUCUUGCCAAUACGUAUUGUAGAAAAGCACCGAGCUCACGUGCGGGAUUUGAACACGAUUAUCACGUGGAAAUGAUGGAGCUGAUAGGAUGUAAAGAACACCAAAUCAUUGUGGCUAACGUACUGCAUCACAUAGCAUUAGCCGAAGCUUUCAGUAAGAUGGAAACAUCGAAGUAAAGUCGAUGCUUUCGAUUUGUCACUGCUCAUUUAUUUUACAAUGUUUGAUGAGUCUU